AUGGUCCAAGAAACGAUCCAGCGUCUCGUUCCGUACGAGCUUGUAGACAUCGGAGCAAAUCUUGGCCAUCCUUCUUAUAAAGAGGACUUGGAGGACGUUUUAAAGCGUGCAAGACAGGCUGGAAUUUCAAAACUGAUGAUCACUGGAACCUCGGAGAAGGUCAGUAAGGAAUGCAUGGUACUGGCUGAAACGAUGCCUGGUUUCCUCUAUUUUACAGCAGGAGUACAUCCUCAUGAUGCGAAAGACUUUGGUGAAAAUUCUAUCGACACCUUGAGGUCUCUUCAGGAACAUCAUCAGUGUGUCGCCGUUGGCGAAUGUGGUUUAGACUUCAACAGGAAUUUUUCUCCACAACAAGUUCAAAUAAGUGUGGAACUAGCAUGCGAAUUGAAAAAACCACUGUUCAUCCAUGAGCGGGAAGCCCACAAUGAUAUGGUUGACAUUUUAACUAAAGCAGACGAGAGGUUACCUCCAGCUGUGGUGCACUGUUUCACUGGCACGGAAGAUGAGGCGAAAAAGUACGUAGAAAUGGGAUUGUAUAUAGGUUUAACAGGAUUUUUGUGGAAAGACCGGCAACAGAAUGGUGUCCAAGCUGCCCUUCGUAAUGGUUCUAUACCUCUCGAUCGACUUCUUAUUGAAACUGAUGCUCCGUUCAUGUACCCGAAAAUUAGUGACAAAAAGUUGCCGAUGUCCGUGAAAGAGGCUUUCAGUGUUCCAACAAAGCAGUUACAUAAAUUUGCGUCUUUUGACCGCAAUGAACCAUGCGCGCUAGCCGCUAUUUGUGAAAUGAUCGCUGCAUUCAUGGAUAUCGAUCCAAGAGAGGUUGCUGAAGCUACAACAGCAAACGCCAAGCAAGUUUAUGGACUAAAUUAG